CCCCAACCACGAGCGAACGUACCGUCAGCACGAUCACCUGGUAGUGAUCUCGCACGCCCUAACAAAACACAAACACAGCCGGCAGCUUUUGAUGAAAAUGCUAUGCCUAGCGCAAAGCAACUUGCUGAUGCUGCGUCUUGUUUCGUCAUCGCUGAGAAUGGCUUGCGCGUGCCUUUCGGUGAUAUAUACAAGGACCAAAAGACAGUAGUGAUAUUUAUCAGGCAUUUCUGGUGCCAUCUUUGUCAGGACUAUAUGACCUCUAUUUCAGAGAACGUGGACCCGAAGGCGCUCAGACAGGCAGGUGUACAGCUUGUCAUCGUCAGCAAUGGUUCAUACAACAUGAUCAAAUCUUACCGUCGGAUUUUCCACUGCCCAUUCGCCGUCUAU